ACAAAACUCAUUUCACGUUGCGAGUGGUUGCUCACGCUGCUGGCCGUAUCAGAGGUCACAGGCACGUUCCAGCAGCUCCUUCAAACACGUUACCAGCCGUCACCAACCCUAAAACGGCAGCGAGCCCUCGCGGCGGUUUCAACUCGGUUUCAGUUGUUAAGCCAAGAACCAGCCGCUCGCGGCGCGCGGAGGCCAUGGACGGCGCCACCGAGGAGCCCACAGCCAUGACCGACGCCGCCGAGGCGCCCGACGGCGCCAUCCGCCGGCCGGGACCGGCUACGAUCGACCCCGCCGAGGCGGAGGCCGAGAAUGAGGAACACUCCGACGGCUACGUCGAGUCCGACGACGACGGAGGAUCCUCAAUCGAAGAGGAGCCGGACAGCCCCAACGCCGAAGCCGCGGCGGACCUCCAGCGGCUGCUCGACGCGCACGAGGCACCCUUUGGCCAUGGCGUUUCAACACAUGUAGAGACCGUGCUCGCGGGCGGCGCGCGCGGCCGCCAGGCGGCGCAGGCGCUCAAAAGAGCCGCCCAGUGCUGCCGCGAGGCCUUCACCAAGCCGAAGAUGGGCAAGAAAGCGGAAGACGACCUGUCGGCGACGGCCGAAGCGUUACUCGACGCGCUUUUAGAUCUCUGGCAGGCGGAGCACGACGACGCGCUGCGGGAUUCGAUAGCGCGGUGCGGCGAGGCCUGGUGGGCGCGGGAACAGGCGCCCUUCGCCGCGCCUCGGGUGUUGCCGUAUUUGCUGGUGCGAGCGCUGUCCGACGGCGCCACAAGUGAAGACGUCGCGAGAUGUGCCACUUCGGCAUCGAUGCUCGCGCCCGUCGACCUCGACGACGCGUCGGCGGCGGGAUUGCGAGGUCUACUCGCGUCGACCGCGUCAAGUCCGGCGUUCCUGCGAAGCGCCCGGGGCAAGGACUUCGUCGCGGGCGUUUUAAGAGGCAAUACUUUAGCUUCGAGCGCCGCGCAUCAGUCCGUGAAGAAGGCGCUGCCGUCCUGGACGCAGGCUCGAGCUAGAGCCGCCGGCGACUGCUACAAGCGGGCCUUUGAUUCUCUGGCGAAGGAGGGUGACACGGAGAGUUUUGAAGAGGACUACCUCCAGGAUUUAGCGAGGGCUUUUCUGUUCUCCAAGUCCAAGAAACUAGCCUCGCAACUCAAAUCACUGCUAGACAGCGCUUUACACUGCUCCGUGACAGGAACGAAGGUGAAGAGAGCCUGUGUGGAGCGCGUCUACGCUCCGUUGUUGUGGCGCCAUAUCACCGCACCGAAUAACGAAUGUCGAAGAAGAGCUUUCGAGGUCCUCGGGACGUGCUUUCCCAUCGCCGACCCCGACGCGUUUGAAUCGGCGUCCUAUCAUCAACACGCGUCUCCACGCCAUCGACGCGACGGUUUCGCGCAGGUCCAAGGACGUCUCGACCUCGGCGAUCGAGCGCCAGCUCACUCUAUUAAAAAACGCCCUGACCGAGGACCCCGACCCGAGUUGCCGAGCGGCGGCCUGCCACGCGUCCGGACGAGCGCUCGCGACGUGCUGGCCGAAGCUGGCCAAGGGUCCCGCCACGCACAUGCUACGGACGCUCGGGGCUACUUGCUGCCGCGAUUCCACGUCGCCGGCCGUGCGAGAAGCCGCGCUGAAGGCGUUGACGGCCUGCGCGUCGUCGAAACAUAUUACCUCGGCUGGUGCUGGCGAAAAGACUUUACGAAAGGCCUUGCGCGACGCGUCUCGCCACCUCCACGACAAGUCGCCGGUCGUGAGGAACGCCUGCGCGCAUCUCCUAGGCGCGUAUGCGCAAUCCACUUCGAUAGAUGCUGCGUUUGCCGCCGUCGGUUCCGAGAAUCUUUUGCAGAGAAUCGCGGAGGAUGAUGAGUCGAGGAGAGGGUCUUCCCAAGCCAUCGCCAAGUUGCUCGUGAAAGCUUACUUUCCCCUUGAGGACGGUUCGAGACAGGUCGCUUUGGCCGCCGCUCUCUACAACAAGAAACCUUUAGCUGCGAGAGCUUUUUAUGGAAGGCUCGCGGAGCUCGCGCCGGCCGAGGACGUGGCGCGCUUCGUCGUGCGCUCGCGGCGUCCUUUCACGCCAUCGUCAUGCAUCGUUUUCGAGGCCGUUCGGACCGCGGUCGCGGCGAUGGCGUCUUCACGAGACCGCGUCGCCGCGACGCCGUCGACGCGGGCGUCAGAUGGUCUACGGGUCUCGCGACGCCGUCUACGCGUCCGCUCGACGGCGUGCAGGCCGUGCGCCAUCGCUCCUCACGAGAGACAGGACGCGAGACAACGAUGCUCCACACAGGUCAUGGCGUCCAAGGCCGCGUCGGAAGUGUCCAAGACGCCUACGAAGAAGCGCAAGUCCGGCGAAGAUUAUGAGGCGCCGUCGUCACAAGCGCUGGUGGCCGUCGCGGCCACGGCCUACGCGUCGCUGGCGCGCGGUCCGUUGUCAGCGAACACCGAGGGCGCCCGCAAGCUCGCGGCCUAUGUUGGUGAUGGUGUUGCGACUUGUGUCCAAUCACUAGUAGACAGCGGUUUGCAGAGCGAGGACUUACGAGGUCUGCGGACGGCGGUCGCGCUUGGUGGAUUAAGGGGCCAGGACGAGGCCGAGGUCAGUGACUCAGCGUGAUUUCCGAACGUUUCCCAACUUCAACUUUGUGAAGAUGGCGUCGUCGCGAUCACACGAGAGUCUACGCGUCUCGUGGGUGCACGGAGACGGUUUCGCGACGCGUCGUUCGACGCAGGCGGGCGCCGCGCGGUCGAAGGCUCAAAGGAGAGAUGGUAUUCAGAGGGUGGUGGCUCCCUCUUCCUUGAAUGACGCCGAGUCCGUCGCGGCGGCGGCCGAUGCCGCAUGCCGGUUAGCCGGUAGAGGUAUGAAGCAGGCCGGCGACGUCGCGCGCACGCUCGCGGAGACGCUGUUCGCCUUGAACACUACGACGGCGAAGGAGAAGCCCGGGACUAGGAAGCGAGGCCGCGUUAAGGAGAAGGCUCCAUCUUCCUCCUCAGAAGCGGCGGCUUGUGCGAUCGGUCGCAUUAUCCUGCGGAACGAUCCUACCGCGCGAGACGCUAGAAAGCAGCUCAUGCGCGACGCGAAGGCCGUCGACGCGUUACAUGCCGCUUGCAGAGCGUCGUCAUGUCGCGACGCGGCGCUCAUGGCAACGUUGGAGGCUCGACUGGCCGUCCUCAAGUUUUCUGCAAGGGAGGCUUCUUCCGAGGCCGACAAGGUCCUGGCCAAAGAUCUCAAAAGAGCUUUGGAUGCCGCUGUGGCGCUCGUGGAAAGCGGCGAAGAGAUCCUGUCGCCCGAGUUAGCUCGACAGAGGACCGAUGAGAUUAAUGAGGAUGCUGGUGGGACGAGCGACGCUCCUUUUAGAGCUUGCUGCGCCGUCGCUACAUCAGUGGUGGCUUCUUCGGGCGCGCCCGCGACGACGCGGGUCUUGGCUGCGGCGUGUGAAGCGUGGCUCGGAGAACCACCUUGCGUCGAGGCCGUGGCGUCGUUGGCCGUCGCGUUGCGGUUGCGCGGGGAAUUAUCGGGAGACGCCGACGGCCCGCUAGCUUGUGCGUUAUCAAGGUGGCUCGAGCAUGACAGCGACGGCGCGCAACGGGCGGUCCGCGCGUUGGCUCGAGGUGAAAGAUUGGAGGACUUCGUCGACGCCGUCCGGGAGCGCUCCUCUGGUAUGACGCCGCAGACGCCGGGCAAGGGCCGCGUCCGGGCCGAUCCGUUGCUCGCGGCGCUGCAGGCGCACGGCGUCGACGUGCGCCGCGGCGCGCUCGGCGACCGGUCCAACGACGUUGUUGCGGCGGAGCCGAUCCUUUCCCAGGCGUUCUGAUCCCCUAUCCCUGUCUAAGCAUGGCAGCAAGUGUAA